AUGAGCAGCGGUGACUUGCAUGUGCAGCUGGAUAUUGAUGGCUUCAGCCGAGUACUGCCGCUGCCCUACCGCGUGGCACUCAUCAUCGUCUUGGGCAUCUGGGCUUGGGGCCUCAACCUUCACUACCUCUCCCUGAUCAAGAUCGAUGUCCCGAGCCUAAUUCGAUAUCCCGGGCGCACUUCACCACACCACCCUCCACACCACCUCUCCUGCUACCGCAUCGCAACAUUCCUCUCCAUACCCCUCGCGCUCUCCCUCCUCUUCUUCUGGUCCCUCACCCAUGGCAGCCCCAAAGACAUUGCGGCAUGGGAGAUCCUCCCAAACCUCUAUCUUCUCGUCCUCGUUGUUAGCUUCAUCGUACCCCUUCCCUUCGUCUCGCGCGCCGGCCGCUCUCGCACCCUCACAACCUUGAAGCGCAUCUCCGUCGGCGGUAUUGCAGAGGCUCAAGAUGGAAAGUUUGGUGACAUACUCCUCGCCGACGCCCUGACAAGCUACGCAAAAGUCCUCGGCGACCUCUUCAUCUCCCUCUGCAUGUUCUUCUCCUCCUCGCAAAGUUCAACCGGCCCGCCAAAUCGAAGCUGCGGCGGCGCAUUCUGGGUUCCCUUCAUCAUUAGCGUUCCCUCGCUCAUCCGUCUCCGCCAAUGCAUCACCGAAUACUACCGCGUCCAAGCCGCAAACAAACGCACAGGCAGCAUCGACCGCUCCACAGGCUGGGGCGGUCAACACCUCGCCAACGCGCUGAAAUACAGUACCGCAUUCCCCGUCAUCAUCCUCUCCGCCCUCCAACGCUCCCCUGACCCCUCCUCCUUGGGCCUUUCGGAAAAAACACUCUUCCGUAUGUGGCUCGUCGCUGUGCUCAUCAACUCGGGAUACUCUUUCUACUGGGACGUUGCCAAAGAUUGGGACCUUACCCUCUUCUCAAGCUCACGAGAGCGCAAUAAUCCCGAGUAUCCGUGGGGCUUGAGAAGACAUCGCUGGUUCCACGCAAACGAGUUUUACUAUGCCUCCAUUAUCUUGGAUGCCUUGUUGAGGUGUACAUGGAGCUUGAAGCUGAGUGUGCAUUUGGAUCAUUUCAAUGAUCUCGAAGGCGGCAUAUUCACAAUGGAGGUUUUGGAAGUACUGAGGAGAUGGGUGUGGAUUUUCUUCAGGGUCGAGUGUGAGUGGGUGAGAAACCACAGGGGUCCAGCACCAGAUGAUAUUUUGUUGGGCGACGUAGGAUUGGGGAACAAGUAUGAUGACAGUGAUUAG